AUGAUGGGUUUGAUUUAUCUGACUUCCAAGUACGACAAUCUUAAUAGAAAGUUAAGGAGAUCAGAUUUAAUCGUCAAAGAUGAAAUGAAUGUAGAAAGUUGUUUGAAUCUCAUUAAGGAGGAUGUAUUGCAAGCAUUACAAACAAUUAGAUCUAACUUAAAAGAAGAAUUCCACGAUAUUCUUCCUUCUGUACCAAAUUUCUUCAAUAACUUUGUUCUUAGUGACAGCAAGAAUAUUCAUAAGAGUGGAAUAACUGACUUUAUUAUGAAAGAUAUUGAUGUUGCUAAUUUAAACAAAAUGACAGAAAAACAAUUGAAUGAGUAUUUCAAAAAAAAUUACAAUAUUCCAACACUCACCAUCCAAGAAGAAUAUGCUAUUGUUGAUUCUAUGUAUUAUUAUUUAUGGCAUACUCGAAAAUUCUAUUACGCCUGUCAUGAUGAAAAGUUUUCAUUGGAGGCUAAAUUGAAUGAUUUAUAUGAUUGUAUUCAAUAUUUUAAGACAAAACUGGAUAUCAUUUCAGAUCAAACUUUAAGGGGCAUUGUUUAG